CUGAAUCCGCUGUGAGCCCUAAACCGCCGUCUGUGAGCCCCGCUGCUGCUACCCGGAAAUAUUACAAGGGCCGGAAAGGACCAAUGUUAAGGGAGCACACGUCACUCACUUUUACCCAAAAAUAUUAUCACCGAGCAUCCAAAUUUCUCUCGGCCCUCGAAACAUCAAGAAAAAGCUCCCUGACAGCGCAACAUGUCGUAAUCAAAUGGCGAGGAGGCGGCUGCGGUAUCCGUCGGCGUCGAUUUCUUGGGGGGGAACGGUGCAAGCGUUCACCCAGCUCAGCAUCAGUGAAAAUGGCUCUGGCUAACGACUGGAAAACAGCACGCAGAAAUGGAAGCGGGCGAUAGCUAGCUUAGGCGGUUAGAAGAAGGCGUGACAGGCCUCAUCCGUCUGCAACUGUGCCCUGCAACUGGAUGCGUAGGAUUGCCGAUUUGCAUUAAAAUGAGAGGCAGUCAAAUGUGCGAUAGAUUAUCUUCCUCAUCUGCCAGGGGAGCUCACUCCCCUCUAGCUUCAUCGCAUCAAUUGGAGGAAACGCUGUGGGAACAUCUUGACUGAACACGGAUGAGGAAUCUUGCUUAGUUGAAGGAAAAUGUCAGCGCAGUAAAGGAAACAAGAAGUCGUCAAUUGAACUGCUUCUCAAUAAAAACUAUUCUAAGCAAUUUUGAAAUUAGGUGGAACUUAUCUGCCUGCCAAAAAGACACGUAUACCCUCUGAUCAUCAGCUUGUCGUCUCGGCUACCCCUCUCAGUUUGGAAGUAGCGUGUGGGCAGUGGAUGAUCAACAGAGAGUAGCAGCACCAGAGCUAAACAGUCUGGAGAGACGAACUUUUAGAUUUUAGCUGUCAUUUAAUUAGUUCUUGAAAAGAAGUCGUAGCUUAGCUUCGCCCUUAGGGUAAAGUUUGUAUUUCACCAGUCAGUGGUGGGAUCAUUGUCGCCGCUCCUAGUGCUGGAGGUUUGGCACCUGCAUCCCCAUGUGCCAGUGAGUGGGAAAUGUUCCAAUUUGGAAAAUACAAUCUGGACAUUAUAGAGAUGUUAAGUGGGCACCAGGCCCACCAAUUCAAAGGCCUCGGUUUAGAUCGACAGCUACAACAUCAGCAGCAAGUGCAGCUUCACCAGCAUCAACUCCAGCAGCAGCAGCAGCAGCAGGCUGAGUCUUCUGGAGCUCUUCUGUCUGGACUUGGCUUGGGCCCCCUGCAGGGGUCUAGAGGUAACGCCUUUUCUGAUUCUGCCUCCAUUUUUGCCAAGAUGAGUGCCCCUCCUCCCCCACCUUUACAACAACAGCCUUCCUCAUCUCAGAGCUCUCGUUCAAAGUCAAGCAAGAUGAGCAGCAGCAGCUCAAGCCAUUCUUCAGGCUAUCCACAGUUCCUGCGCUCUUUCCACCCGUCUGAGGCAGCACUAGCACAGGAGCAGUUACACCCAGGUGUAGGCCGCUUUGAGCACUUUGCUGGGGGAAGUAGCAGUAGUGGGAGUGCUGGGGGAUUAGGAGGAUUAGUAACAUCAGCACCUCCACCUCCCCCUCCUCUGCAUCCUGGCCUCUCUGUCCCCCAGGCAUCACCUGGUCCCUCUUCUUCUUCUCCUUCCCCUUCAACCUCUGUGGCAGCCUCUAAUAACCCUUCUAGCAGCAGCAGUGCAGUCAGCUCAUUGGGACACCAGUUGGUUGGGGCCCAGUCUGAUGCACGGAGCCUUCACCAACAGUUUAGUUGCAUGUUAGCUGCUAAUCAGUAUUUUCUUUCUGGGGUGCCUGCUAAUGCUAGUUUAGAACAAUUUCUUGUUCAACAGGGAACUCAUAACCAUUUAGGGAUUGGUUUAAGUCAGACAAGUGGAGAGCCUAGUACUAGCCUUGCUCCGCCUCCUGCUUUGCACUCUUCUCACUCACAUGGCCACUCCACUCCCCAGCCACAACAGACUCCACAGCAACCUCCCCAGCAGCAGCAGCUUCCGCCUCACACCCUUUCUCAUCCUCACUCUCAUUCUCAUCCUCACCACCCUCUCCACCCAGGCUCUCAGCCCUCAUCACUGGGCAGCUUUGACUUCCAGGGCAUUCCUGUACUCUCGUCAAAUCAGAUAGCUUCUCUGAUGCAGCAGGAAGCAGGUUUGCCCCUCCCUUUGCCUCUUCAUUUAUCCUUGUCUAAGGAUGAUGGUAAAGGGGAAAGUAGUGGAGGUGGAAGUAGUAGUAGCAGCAACAGUAGCAGCAGGAGGAAGAAAGCUAUGGCUGGCUAUUUGCCACAGAGAAAAUCUGACAACAGUAGUAGUAGCAGUAACAACCAUGGCCACAGUGGUAAUCCCAGCACAAGUAGUAACGGAGGGCUAAAUCAUGGUCAGCCACCGGCUUUAAUUGGGAGUGGGGUUGGUAUGUCAAAUAUGGGUGGAGAACCGUCAUCCCUGCUUGCCUCAUCAUCUUCAUCCUCAUCAGUAGUUUCUUCUUCCUCCUCCUCUGCUCCCUCUUCCACUGCUGCCUCAGUACUGGUUACUAAUGAUUCUCACCUUUCUAAAUCUGAUAACCAGAGCUCAAUGCAACCCAACGCCACAGAGUCUGACACAGAGCCCGUUUAUAGCUGUGGAGAGUGUGGCAAAAGCUUCCCUCAACUUUCAAGCCUUCGCAGGCAUAUGCGCAUGCAUGAGCCAACCACAGCAGGUACUAGCAAUACUGCCACUACUGGCCCAAACCCCGUUCACAUAAAAACACAGUCUGACCCAAGCCUUCCCCAUUCGACCCAAGAACCUCCCCAACCCUCAUCCAAUUCUUGUUCUAGCCCAGACAAAAUAUUUCAUUGCCCUGAUUGUGGCAAAGGCUUUAAGAAAAAAGGGCACCUCCUGCAACAUGGUGUUAUACACUCUUCAGCCCGCCCAUAUGGCUGCUCCACCUGCUCUCGGGCUUUUAAUCGUAGAGAGUCACUGACACGGCAUGAGAAGAUACAUGAGGAAAAGCCAUUCCGAUGUCCCGCCUGUGGUCGUGCCUUCCGUGAGAGCACCUCUCUACUCAACCAUGCUGCCUCAGGCACCUGCGGCAAGCCAGGUAGGGGACCCAAACAACGGGGCAGCAAGACAGGAACUGAUGGUGAGGACAGAGUCGAGGGAGGGGGUGGAGGAGGUAAUGGAGGAGGGGGAACUUAUCAAAGCAAUAGAGGGGUUAUUUAUGGGAAAACUGAGGAAGAGGAUGGUGUAAUCAUUGUGAGGGAAGGAGAACCAAAAUCAGGUUUAGGAUGUGAUGGUCUGUUUCAGUCUGGAAGGGGAGGGAAUUCAAAUGACAGGGACAGAGCAGAUGGUAAAUACCCCACUGACUACUCUCGGAAUCGUUACACAGGCUACCAUGAUGACCACCGUUCUCAAGGUAAUCCAUCUCCAUGCUACUCUGGUGCCUCCCCAUGUGGAAGUGGGAUGGCGGGCCCAGCUCUGAGAAAGGCACCCCUGGCCCCAACACUGCAUCCACAUUCACAGAGCCACAACCAGCACCACCAUCCGCAGCAACAGCCCCACCUGCCCCUCUCUUCUCUACUGGAUGACUCAGAAGAUGAUGUCACUAGCUCUGUGAAUAAUGCAAUCUCUGCUAUAACAGCGGCUAGUAACAGUGGAAGUAGAGGGGAUGACAGGGGAGACAUCAUAGGAGGCCUGCUAGGUGGUCUUGGUUUAGGACCUCUGGGCUCACCUUCAUCCACGUCUGGUAUGGAUAAGAAUUUCAGAGGUGGUGGGAGUCAGGAACCUAUGAGCAGCAACCCACAGAAUCCUACUGCCAAACCAAAACGUCCCCGCAAACCAAGAGCUAAGAAAGAUCCUGCAGCUGUCGGACAGCCCCCCAAACGUAGGCAGUACACUCCCAGAAUGGGGCCCAGCGGGCUCCCACGCACACACCUCUGUAGUGUCUGUGGUAAGGGAUUUGCACGCCGCGAGACCCUGCGCAGGCAUGACCGCAUCCACACAGGAGAGAAGCCCCAUCACUGCACUGUUUGUGGAAAGUAUUUCAGAGAGGCUUUUCACCUCAGCAAGCAUCAAACAGUCCACUCUGGGGCAAAGAAUUACAAAUGCAGCAUCUGUGGGAAAGAGUUUGGUUACUCCCAGAGCCUCAGGAGGCACAGCAAACUUCACCAGAAAGGGGAGAUGGAGGAGGUACCCACCACACCGGCUCCGGAGACACUUAACAGCUUUAAUCCAAAUCCUCAAUGUAGCGUGGCCCAAGAUCGGAGCCAGAACCAAGCACCAAGCACCUCCUCCUAUUACCCCUAUUCCCAAGACGUCAAGCCUCAAGACACCAACCCCCAGCCCCAGCCUCCUCCCCCACCCCAACCACAGGCCCCACCGCCACCUCGACUUUACACCUGCGCUAUUUGCUGGAAGUCGUUCCGUCACCACUUUCAUCUGACUGCCCAUCACCAGACAGUUCACGAAGGAGGGGGCGAAAAGCUCUUCUGCUGCGAGGUAUGUGGGAAAGCAUUUGCCUACUCUAAUAGCCUCACACGACACAGGCAGUCUCAGCAUGGCAUGACCCGCCCCGAAUCAUCUAACCCGCAAGAAGGCAGCAGUGGGUCUGGAGACCACCGAGGUGGGAGUGAUGUUAAUCAGUCAACAUCUGAGAGCGAGGCUGCCACCAAUGCACUGCUUCAGAUGGCGCCUUCCAACGAAGGCCACGGAGGGCAAAGUCUAAGUGUUGUCACUCAUAGCCACCAGCAAGCACCCCCACAUCCACCAGCUGGUUACUCUCCCCUCUUUUAUGAUGCUGCAGCUGCUCAGUCUUCUGCCUCUACUGCCCCAGCUUACUCUCAGCCUCUUCCUCCCAACUCUACAAUCAUGCCCCCACAGCAUCCACAUUCUCCAGCUGGGGUGAAAGGAGAGCACAUAUAUCCAGCUGGAUCCCGUAGCCGAACGCUUCACACCACGGCCCCGUUCCAGCCCCUCACGGAACUGCCCUCCACUGAACAUCAUCAUCUGCAUCACCAUCAUCAUCACUCCCACCAUCAUCCCCAUCAUCAGUCAGGCACCCAGCCCCACCAAAACCCCGACUGCGACGUCCAGUCGUCACACGAUGAUAUGAGACGACACAAGAAGAAAAAAAAAAAGUCCAACAGGAGAAAUUGGAAGGGAAAUAAAUGGGAGUCCCAAGAUUUAGUCAGAUUUGAUGGAAUCAAAAGAAAGAGAAAGAUAAGUUGUACAGUAAGAGGGCAGUUGAAUAAAAAACAAGGCUCUCUUCGUUUGACAAUUAGGCGAGGAGGAGGAUCAGGUGGUGGUGGGUAUAAGCUUGUCAACACUGGUGGAAUGAAAGUGCAGAUCCUGUCAUCUCUCAAAGUUCCUGUGAAACGUUUUGGCUGUCCAGUAUGCCCCAAUUCUGUGUUUUCCCGUAAAGCGGGACUGCUUGUCCACAUGGCAGUUAAACACCCACAAAAAGCCUUGAGCACUCAGGAGCGACUUAGGUGCAGUGUGUGUGGGAAGCAGUCUCACAGGCCUUUGGCAGCCUUCAUUCAUCGGGCCUCCCACCGUGCCAGAGGGACUUUCUCCUGCCGACGCUGCUCCGCUCGCUUUUGGAACGCUACUCUUCUUCACAGGCACAAGGUGUCCUGCCGCCGCAGGGCUAAAGGACUGCAGAGGGGAGAUGCUAAGAGGCUGAAGCUUUCAAAGAGACCAGGAGAAAGACAGACCCAUGAGGGUCAUGAAGAGAUGCCAUUCCUACAGGGACCAUACAGAUACUGAGCUUCCUGGUUUCUGAAGAGAGUGGCAUACAAGAGGGAUUUUUCAGUUCUAAAAUGGGAAGUGGGAGAAAAAAAAAAAAAAAAAGGGACUUGAAAAGGCAUCUGCUGCCUUAAGGAAAAUUUGCCUCGUG